AUGCCGUCAACGCCCAGUCAUCGCCGCAUUCUGACCUCAUCCUCCAUGCACGCAGGCUCCGAAACCGACGACACCAACGAGCACAUUUCUUCCUCUUUCCGCGACAACGAAACCACGCCAAAUCUCUUAUCUCGGCAACCUUCCACGAGCGACCUCAGCGAUCCCUCCGCCGCCGUUCCGACCCUCCGACAGCGACUUCGACAUACCUCAUCCAUUCUUGUGAUCGCGCUUUCCUCGGAAAACAUCUUUGCAGGCACACAAGCGGGAGAAAUUCUCGUCUACGGGUUGGGAACAUAUGAGCGGAAAGCAGUAAUAGAAGGACAUGGCGGAAGUGUAUUGGGACUGUGCCUGUCACCGGAUGAGUCGCUGCUGUUCUCGAGUGCGGGAGACCGGAUCGUGAAUGUGUGGGAUACAAAAACGUUGAAGAGGACGCAUUGCCUAUACUCGUCGUUCGACGUGGGAGAUGUGUUCUGCGUGUCUUAUUCCUCCACAUUACAGACGGUGUAUCUAGGAGCGCAAAACACAACAGUGCAGUGGUGUCGCAUUGGCGCAGAAGCAGGGAGGGAAGAGCUUGCAUUGAAAAGUCGAAACGCAAAUGUCAGAGGUGGAGAUCGCUUCUUCGACUCGGCUGGGCCGGGCGGCGUGAGGACUCCCAAACCGGCGGGCUCGGAUGUGACUCCUCGACAUGCGAGCGGUGGAGAGGUGAUCAAGAUCGACAAGGAGAAAGUCAGGCAUUUCGCGCACUAUGGAUAUGUGUACUGCAUGCUCAUGGCGAGGGAGGGAGUGCCGGAGAGAAUGGGCUUGGAGACACUGGGGACUGGAGGAGGAGAUGGAACGAUCAAGCUAUGGAACUUGAAUGCAGACGAUGGCGGAUCAAUUGAAGAGCUGUAUACCUUGGACGACGGGCGAGAGGAAGGGCAUGCAAUCUUGUCGAUUGUCAUGGAUGGAUCAUUCCUCUACUCCGGACGGACGGGAGGAGAAGUCGACGUCUGGGAUCUGGAGACAAGACAACUGGUACGGAAUCUGAAGGCGCACAGAGACGAUGUGCUUGCGAUGAGCGUUGGUGGAGGAUUUUUGUUCACUGCGGGAGUGACGGGUUACGUGAGAAAGUUUGAUCGCCAGUAUCAGCUCAAGAGCAGGUUGAAGGCCCACGAUGGAAGAAUUUUGGCUUCUGCAUUUGUGUUCCACAAGGGACGACCGGUCUACGUGACUGGCUCCAACGACAACAGUCUGGCCGUUUGGGACGUCAGCGAUUGCAUUCGGAAUGUUCAGCCUCCGAGCAAGACCAGCGAUGAACAGCUGUUUGAUGCUUUACGAAAAUUUGUGUCCUUCCGGACGGUCUCCUCGGACCCACGAUACAAAGGAGAUUGUCGGCGCGGUGCUUCAUACUUGCGAUCAGUCUUCAAGAGCUUUGGCGCGGCGACGGAGAUGUUGCCGGCGGAGGAGCAGGCGAAUCCAGUCAUCCUCGCGAGAUUCAGAGGGAAUCCAGCAACAGCAGCGACGCGGAAGAAGAUCCUCUUCUACGGCCACUACGAUGUCGUUGCCGCGAACAAUGAUAGCGGAAAGUGGCGCACGGAUCCUUUCGCCAUGGAAGGCAUUGAUGGGUAUCUCUACGGCCGUGGCACCUCUGAUAACAAAGGACCAAUCAUGGCAGCUAUCUUUGCUUGCGCGGAAUUGAUGAGCGAGCAAGCGCUCGGAUCUGAUAUCAUCUUCUUGAUCGAAGGUGAGGAAGAAUGUGGUUCGCGAGGAUUUGAAAAGGCCGUACGAGCUGGUAAAGAGAAGAUCGGCGACGUCGACUGGAUUCUGCUGGCGAACAGCUACUGGCUCGACGACCGCAUACCCUGCCUCACCUACGGCCUUCGUGGUGUCAUUCACGCAACUGUUCAGAUUGAGAGCGGUCAUCCAGAUCUCCACAGUGGAGUCGACGGCAGCUCUCAGCUCGACGAAUCGCUCAAAGACCUCGUUCUCCUGCUAGGACAUCUGACCGGCAAAGACGGCGAUGUCAAAAUUCCACAUUUCUACGACCCUGUCCCGGAAGUCAGCGAACAAGAAGCUGAACUAUACCGCGACAUUACGACCGCACUUGUUCAACGCAAUCCAGAACUGGGCGAUCCGGAGGUUCUCGCGACAUCACUCAUGCGGCGAUGGCGCGAAGCUUCACUGACCAUCCAUGGCUUCCAGACGUCAGGCCCGGACAAUGCCACUAUCAUCCCAAGAAUGGCCAAAGCCGCCCUCUCGAUGCGUCUGGUACCGAACCAGGAAGCUUCCGAAGUCGCCAAGUCGCUCGUCGCUUUCCUCGAGCAACAAUUCCAGAGUCUCGAUUCCAACAAUCGCCUCACCGUCACAAUCGACCACAAAGCCGAGCCUUGGCUAGGAGAUUGGACGAACCAAAUCUUCCGCACAUUGGAAGAAGCGAUCAUGGAAGUCUGGGGUCCGAUUGACACACAUCAUCCUCACAAUCGAUCGGUGUCGAAGCUCCUGUCUCCGUCUGCGAGGCAGCAAGCCAAUGGCUAUUUCAACCAUCAACCCACCGCUAAACUCUCACCCGCUACAUCUUCCGUACUCGCAACGGGAAGUCUCACGCCUCUGCCCGAACAAUCUCUUCUACCCUUGUCGGAAGUUUCCAAGAAGCUUGAGACUAUUAGCAUCGCCUCUUCCUCGCCAAGCCGUCUGUCCGCCACAAGUGCGCCACCUUCCAACCAGCGUAGGAAACCACUGUACAUUCGCGAAGGCGGCUCGAUCCCGGCGAUUCGCUUCUUGGAAAAGGAGUUCGGUGCUCCCGCUGCGCAUUUACCUUGCGGACAGGCAAGCGACUCGGCGCAUUUGGAUAACGAGAGGCUGAGACUGGUGAACCUGUACAAAAGUAAGGAUAUCUUCAAGAGGUGGUGGUGCUUCCGUCGCGAACUGGUCUUUGUGGUCCGAUCAUCGGGGACGGAUCGGAGACCGUCUCACACACAGUACGUGCUUCGCUUCCUGGAGACAAAAAUGCUGCUGACCAUCACUGGCAUACGCCCGAUGCGAUUCCCAAACUCGAUUCAGACGCUAUGCAAAGAGCUUCCUCCUUACUCCGGACUCAACUUCUCUACACCAGGAACUAGCGGCGAAUUUUCCCAAAACUCAAAUCCGAAGUGA